UAAAACCAGUUUUUGGGGAGCAAAAGCCAUCAGUGACUCGCAAGCAGGGGACCCGGCAGGAUGAAGCUCACGAUACUUCUAGCAGCGGCGGUGUUGGUGACCGCCUCCGCCGCUCCAAUCGCCGAGCUGAACCUCAACUACCUGCCUCCGACCAAACCGUUCCAGCCUCCGGAUCUCUCGUAUUUACCUCCCCUCGAGAGCUCCUACCUGCCCCCAUCUCAACGCUCCAAGAAUGUGGAGGAGAAUCUUGUGGAUACCGGAGCACACGAGGAGGGUGAUGACGCCUCCUCUGAGGAAGAAGUCACUGAAGAAAGUGGUUCUGAAGAUCCCGUAGAAGAGGAGGAAGCACCAGUUGAAGCGGAAGAAGUCGAGGAAGCAGCAGUGGAAGGGAGUGGAUCUGAAGAGGAGCCGGCCGGGGAUGAUGCGCCGGUGUCAGAGUUCAUACCGUUUCCCGUGGAGGAGGCAGGGACAGAAGAAGACUCAGCGGAUGGCUCGUCUGUCGAGGACGGUACUGUGAAAGUGGAUCAGGCGCACAGUGUGGACGGCUCGUACCAUGUAAGGGAGGACGGAGAGGGAUACCGCACCACAGACGCCAG